UUGUCGGACGCUUUUAAAUAUGAUCCGAGUUGAAGUAAAUGUUAAGGGUAAUAAAUGGUCUAAUAUUUUGUGGAAAAUUCAAUUAACACUUAACAUCACUAAGCAGUCCACCACUCGAACUUCGCCGUUACUUCUUUUAACGGGCAUAGAAGGCGCCACUCCUGUACUCCGGUCACUUGUAAGAGAUGUGGCUUUAGAAGAUAGGCAUGCAAAUCGUGAGGCAAUAACUACACUCCGUAGACAGCGAGCUUCUGAAUUGCUUAAAGUUAACCAGCGACAGCAAGACCGCCGUCUAAAUGAACGUCGUAAAGAACCUCGAUCCUAUGCUGUUGGGGAUUUCGUGUUUGUUAGCAAGGCCUCCCAGGCUUCUGGCAAGCUUGACUCAGGCAUGAGGGGUCCAUACAGGAUUGUUCGUGACCUUCCCCAUGAUCGUUACGAAUUGGAGCUUAUGACAGGUUCCUAUGGAAAACGAACACAGGCAGCCGCCGAACAUAUGGUUCGAUGGCGUGGCGAAUGGACACCCGAUGCCUGUGCAGCCUUCUUUGAGAGUGUUGAUGACGAAGUAUCUGACGAUCAUCUGGGCAUGUCAGCGCACCAAGCAAUCAAGGAUGCCACUGACCAGGAUACUGCUGUCCAAGCGGUCAAAGAUACUGCUGUCCAAGCGGUCGAGGAUAUCGCUGGAUUCGCUGGCCAAGCGGUCGAAGAUAAUGCUGAUCAAGCGGUCGAGGACGCCGCUGACCGGUCAGGAGAGGCCGUGUUAUAAAUAAAUGCAGACUAGGGGCUGGACACGCCUCCAUCCGAUGACGUCAUCCCGAGCGACUUGUUUUCGAGUGACCGUUGAGGAGAGGGGGCCCUGACGACGCCUGGCAAAGCCCUUCACUUUUUUGCGACUUUCGAACGUGGUGGACGCUUUAGAACUAUUAGUUAGAUUGUGCAGUUGUUUGUUCUUACUUUGA